AUGAAGCGCUUCGUCCUCCGCCGGCCGUCGUCCGUCGCUACGCGUCGCACUCGUUCCCGCGCGCCCCUCUCCACCCGCAGCUCUUCUUCGUCUGCGUCGUCUCCUCCUCCUCCUCCUCCUCCGACUCCGACGUACAAUGCGGACGCAGCUGCCCGUACGCUUAAGCUACUGGAACGCCGCAAGGUCUCGACGCUGGACAUGGGCAUCUACAAGCGCACGCAGAAGCGCAUCACUAUGGUCACAGCUUACGACUUCCCGUCGGCAGUGCACGUGGACUUGGCGGGAUUUGAUGUGUUGCUGGUGGGCGACUCGGUGGGAAUGGUCGAGUUGGGGAUGGACACGACGAUUCCAGUGACGCUGGACGACAUGAUCCACCACACACGAGCGGUGAAACGCGGAGCCAGUCGUCCGCUAGUGGUCACGGACAUGCCUUUUGGCACGUGUGAAGGAGCGCCGUUUGAAGCGCUGAAGAAUGCUCAACGUCUGAUGAAGGAGGGUGGCGCUGACUGCGUGAAGAUUGAAGGAGGCAAGGAACGUGCAGAGACGAUCAAGACCAUUGUCGAUGGAGGCAUUGCUGUGAUGGGCCACAUCGGACUUCGUCCGCAGCACAUCAGUGUCCUGGGAGGAUUCCGCGCUCAAGGCCGUACAGCUUCGCAAGCACGAUUGAUCAUCGAGGACGCUUUGGCCGUGCAAAAGGCAGGUGCAUUUGCUGUAGUGCUUGAAUGCAUUCCAUCGGCUGUAGCCAAGGCCGUAACGAAGCUGCUCAGGAUCCCAACAAUCGGCAUUGGCGCUGGUCCGGAAACGGAUGGCCAGGUGCUAGUCUUCCAUGACCUGCUGGGUAUGCUCCAGCACCCACACCACGCACAAUUUGUUCCCAAGUUUUGCAAGCGCUAUGCUGAUGUUGGUGAACAAAUUCGCAUCGGCCUUGAGAACUAUCGUGACGAUGUGGAGAGCGGCCGUUUCUCAAGCGAUGCGUAUUCCCCGUACAAGAUGUCAGAAGAAGAAACCCAGAAGCUGCACGAUAUGGUAGCCAACGAAUACAGCCAAAAGAAUCGCGACGAACGCGACGAAGAAACGCUUCUGGAGGUCACGAAGGUCUACUGA